AUGGCGAGGGUCAGGGGCCCGAGCCUCAUCGUCCUGCUCGCUCUCGCCAUCCUCGCCGCCGUCGCCGCCGCCGAGGCGCGCGCGCAGUCCACAUACAUCAUCCACCUCGCGCCAGGCCACCUGGCGCUGUCCGCAGCGCGCGCCAACGGCGGCGGCGAGGCGGUCCUCCGCCGCCUCCUCCCGCGCCGCCUGCGCGCGCCGAGGCCGCGCGUGCUCUACUCCUACCAGCACGCUGCCACGGGCAUCGCCGCGCGGCUGACGCCCGAGCAGGCGGCGCACACCGCGGCCGGGGAGGGCGUCCUGGCCGUGUACCCCGACCAGGCGCGGCAGCUGCACACCACCCACACCCCGUCGUUCCUAGGCCUGACCGAGACCGCCGGGCUCCUCCCAGCCGCGGCGGGAGGCGCGUCGUCUGCCGUCGUCGGCGUUCUCGACACCGGCCUCUACCCCAUCGGCCGGGCCUCGUUCGCGGCAACUGCUGGGCUCGGCCCGCCGCCCGCGUCCUUCUCCGGCGGAUGCGUCUCCGCGGGCUCCUUCAACGCGUCCGCUUACUGCAACCGCAAGCUCAUCGGCGCCAAGUUCUUCUACCAGGGGUAUGAGGCUGGUCUCGGCCACCCCAUCGAUGAGACCAAGGAGUCCAAGUCACCGCUGGACACUGAGGGCCAUGGCACGCACACCGCCUCCACGGCGGCUGGCUCGCCGGUGCACGGCGCCGGGUUCUUCGACUACGCCAAGGGGCAGGCCGUGGGCAUGGACCCCGGCGCGCGCAUCGCGGCGUACAAGAUCUGCUGGGCGUCCGGAUGCUACGACUCCGACAUCCUCGCCGCCAUGGACGAGGCCAUCGCCGACGGCGUCGACGUCAUCUCGCUCUCCGUCGGCGCCAACGGGUACGCCCCUCGCUUCUACACCGAUUCCAUCGCCAUCGGCGCUUUCCACGCGGUGCGCAAAGGCAUCGUCGUCUCCUGCUCCGCCGGCAACUCCGGCCCCGGCGAGUACACCGCCGUCAACAUUGCGCCGUGGAUCCUGACCGUCGGCGCGUCCACCAUCGACCGUGAGUUCCCCGCAGAUGUGGUUCUUGGUGACGGCCGCGUCUUUGGCGGCGUGUCUCUGUACGCCGGUGACCCCCUGGACUCCACUCAGCUGCCGCUGGUGUUCGCCGGGGACUGUGGUUCCCGCCUGUGCCUGAUAGGCGAACUCGACCCGAAGAAGGUGGCCGGCAAGAUCGUGCUCUGUCUGCGUGGUAAGAACGCUCGCGUCGAGAAAGGAGCGGCGGUCAAGCUCGCCGGUGGGGUCGGAAUGAUCCUCGCCAACACCGAGGACAGCGGCGAGGAGCUCAUCGCCGACUCCCACCUCGUGCCGGCGACUAUGGUCGGGCAGAAGUUCGGCGCCAAGAUCAGGUACUACGUCCAGACGGACCCGUCGCCGACGGCGACCAUCAUGUUCCGCGGCACGGUCAUCGGCAAGACGCCGUCGGCGCCGCAGGUGGCGGCGUUCUCGAGCCGAGGCCCUAACUACCGCGCGCCAGAGAUCCUCAAGCCCGACGUCAUCGCCCCCGGCGUCAACAUACUCGCGGCGUGGACCGGCGCCGCCUCUCCGACCGACCUGGACAUCGACACGAGGCGCGUCGAGUUCAACAUCAUCUCCGGUACGUCCAUGUCCUGCCCGCACGUGAGCGGCCUCGCCGCGCUGCUCCGCCAGGCGCACCCGGAGUGGAGCCCCGCGGCGAUCAAGUCGGCGCUCAUGACCACGGCGUACAACCUGGACAACUCCGGGGAGACCAUCAAGGACCUUGCGACGGGCGAGGAGUCGACGCCGUUCGUCCGUGGCGCCGGCCACGUCGACCCCAACGCCGCCCUCGACCCGGGCCUGGUGUACGACGCCGGCACCGACGACUACGUCGCCUUCCUCUGCACGCUCGGGUACUCUCCGUCGUUGAUCUCCAUCUUCACACAGGACGGCUCGGUCGCCAACUGCUCGAGGAAAUUCGCUCGCUCCGGCGACCUCAACUACCCUGCCUUCGCCGCCGUCUUCUCCUCCUACCAAGAUUCAGUCACCUACAGCCGGGUGGUGCGCAACGUCGGCAGCAACUCCAGCGCGGUGUACCAGCCCAAGAUCGUCAGCCCGUCCGGCGUGGAUGUCACGGUGACCCCGAGCAAGCUCGCAUUCGACGGGAAGCAGCAGAGCCUGGGCUACGAGAUCACCAUCGCGGUGUCAGGCAACCCGGUGAUCGUGGACGCCAGCUACUCGUUCGGGUCCAUCACCUGGAGCGACGGCGCGCACGACGUCACGAGCCCCAUUGCCGUGACCUGGCCGUCCAACGGUGGAGCAGCGGCCAUGUAG